UCGAGUUGAAGUCUCCCUUUUCUUUUCCUUCAAACCCUAGAAGAGAGAGAGAGAGAGAGAGAGAGAGAGAGAGAGUGGCCAUCAGCUAAUGGCGAUGAAGAAUCUAUUGACCUCAGCUCUCCGAUCUCAGAGGCGUCUAGCCUUGAAUCGAGCCGUACGAGCUUCCUCCACCCUCUCAGCCCUCGGUUCAGCCUCUCUGACUUCUCCCACCCCAUCGCCGCCGAUCGUUAUGCCCUACGACCACGCCGCCGAGAUCACCAAAGAGAAGCUGAAGAGGCUAGAGCGCCCAGAGCAGCGUUUCCUCAAAUACGCAUCUCCGAUUCCGAUCCUCGCCUCGCACAACCACAUCUUAUCAGCCCCUGAGACGCGCGUCACCACCUUGCCCAACGGUCUCCGAGUCGCCACCGAAUCCAAUCUCUCCGCGAAGACGGCCACCGUCGGAGUAUGGAUCGACGCCGGAUCCAGGUUCGAAUCCGACGAGACGAACGGGACGGCUCAUUUUCUGGAGCAUAUGAUAUUCAAAGGCACGGAGAGGCGUACGGUGAGAGCCUUGGAGGAGGAGAUCGAAGACAUUGGUGGUCAUCUCAAUGCGUAUACGUCGAGGGAGCAGACCACUUACUAUGCGAAAGUGAUGGAUUCGGAUGUGAACCAGGCUUUGGAUGUCUUGGCUGAUAUCUUGCAGAACUCUAAGUUCGAGGAGCAGAGGAUUAACCGCGAGCGUGAUGUCAUCCUCAGGGAAAUGCAAGAGGUGGAGGGACAAACCGAUGAAGUUGUUCUUGACCAUUUACACGCCACUGCUUUCCAGUACACACCUCUUGGAAGAACUAUUCUAGGACCUGCUCAGAAUAUCAAGUCUAUCACCAGAAAUGAUCUUCAGAAUUACAUUAAGACUCAUUACACAGCUUCCAGGAUGGUGAUUGCUGCGGCAGGAGCUGUCAAGCAUGAGGAAGUUGUUGAGCAAGUGAAGAAGCUAUUUAACAAGUUGUCAUCUGAUACAACUUCUACUACUCAGCUAGUUGCCAAAGAACCUGCUCGUUUUACUGGCUCUGAGGUUCGAAUGAUUGAUGACGACCUACCCCUUGCACAAUUUGCUGUUGCCUUUGAAGGAGCAUCUUGGACAGAUCCAGAUUCUAUUGCUCUUAUGGUUAUGCAAACCAUGUUGGGUUCAUGGAACAAAAAUGUUGGUGGUGGCAAACACAUGGGUUCUAACCUGACCCAGAGGGUUGCCAUUAAUGAAAUAGCAGAAAGCAUAAUGGCAUUCAACACCAACUACAAGGAUACUGGCCUUUUCGGCGUGUACGCAGUUGCUAAGGUCAGUCCUAGGGAACAACACAUCUAGCUUAAGCUUAGCUUAGCUC